GACAUAUCAAAAAGGUGGGAUCUUAUGUUUGGUCUUUGAGGAAUAUCAUAAAUUGCGAUAUGAAAAUUUCAAGAAAACACGUUUGAAAGAUUAUGUGAUAAGAAGUAGACUGGAAGAGAUAUAUGGUGGUGUAGAUAAGCAACUGGAGAGUGAAAAUGUUAGUCACAUAUAUUUACACGCGGAAUUGAAUGUAUUGACCAAUAUAAUGAAUAAUGACAAGGAAAGGAAAUUUAUAGCAGUUUCCAAGAAAUGCUGUUAUUUAUGUGAAUCGUAUAUCAGAUUUGCAAAAACCAAAGGACAUACUAUUGCCUUCUCUGGAUCACAUAAGAAAUUAUAUCAUGGGUGGAAACUUCCAGACGCCUUCAAGAAAGAAUUUAUGUCAAAUACUCUCUUUGAUCUCGAUCAGAUCAUAGAGCGUGAAAUAGAGAGUCAUAUUAGUAUAAGUGCUAGGUCUGAUAGUGGUGCAGAAAGUGGAUCCGACAAUCCAGAUUAUGAUGAUAGUGAAUUGCUUG